CCUUCCAUGCGCUACGUCCGGCCGGAGAAAUCCCACCCUGUCUGGUGAAAAGAUGCGGCCUGCUCACUCCUCAGGUUAAGGAGGAGACCUGAGCUCAAUGCAGGAACACCCGGGGUUGGUAGAGGAGAGCAAUGCCCAGGACUGUCACUUAGGUAGGAGCACUGGGUGAUAAAAUGGGUGAAAAAACCGGGAUAAAAAUAUAAAAAAAAAACAACUAGUGCUCUGGGGGGGUAUUGCACCGCGGCAAAAUGGAGUGACGGAGAAAUCCGAAGUCACGACGGCGUCACGGCAACGGCAUAUGCUCUACGUUGGUGUAACACAGAACCUUAACUCAGAAUUUAACAAUCUACUCCAGGACAAAAACACUCUGCAAGCAGGUUCACUCUGUGAUUUCUGGGGUCUGAUGUAUGAUCUUGGAACAGAUCGCAAACACGUAAAAAGAAGGCUAAUAGUUAUAUAGUUGAAAAUAGUUCAACCAGUUUCCUGAAUGAGCCUCGGAAGUUGAAUGAAUGAACGCUUGAAAGCAGGAACAAACCUUACUUACGGGAUGGACUUCGCUUCCCCAUGCUGCAGUAAAGACACAGAGAGAGAAACAGAUGAUCAGGACUGAUCAGCGUCUAAUAAAUAUGUUUGUUUUCCAGCUGAUGUCGGGGUUUUUGCUCCUCCACCUGGUGAUGAGUUCAGGCUUUGGAAAUCACUCUCUGUGGUUGUUGUUCACCUACAUCUCAGGACCAACCCAGUUCCCAGAGUUCUCCAUGGUUCUGAUGCUGGAUGACAUCCAGGUGGGGUACUAUGACUCAGACACAGACCGACUGAUAAAGGUUGGUGCUGGAGGUGAGAAAGGGGCAGAGUUUGACCUGGGACAGGUAGCUUUGAAUGUGCUGCAGAACAAUAUGAUGGAGUUGAGGAUCAGGUCGGACUUCGUCAAAAAACAGCUGAACCUGACCUCUCCAGGCGUCUACGUUCAACAGAGGAUGGUGGUUUGUGAGGUCCAGGAAGACGGUGAGUCUGCUUUCAUCAUGACCAGGAAUCUUGCAAAUGGUCAUGAUGCCGAAAGCAUCCUUUGUAACACAACCCACUUCCUGUACGGCGGUGGUGACGGUUGGGAUUUCAAGUUGAACACCAUGGAGCAGAUGUACGAGCAGACGCUCUUCUCAAACAUCUACCUGCCCUUAUGUGCCUUGAAUAUGCAACGCCUGCUGGAGAGCCACAAGCACCUGGUGAUGCGUCGUGUUCGACCUCGACUACGCCUCCUAUCACAGCCUGGGGGGGGGCAGAUCACCUGUCUGGCCACAGACUUCUACCCUCGCCACAUCAACCUGACGCUGCUGCGGGACGGUGAACCCGUGGACGAGGAGGAAAUGACCGUUGGCUCGGUGCUGCCCAACGGCAACGGUCUCUACCAGCUGAGGAAGACGCUGAUGGUGGAUGAAGAGGAGCUGCAGAGGAAGCACAAGUACACCUGUGCAGCGUCUCACCUGAGUCUGGACAACCGGCUGGAUGUGAGCUGGAGGGCGGAGUCUUUCCGCUCAUUCAGACUCCACGUCAUCUCUGCUCCCGUUGUCCUGAUGGCUGUCGUCAUCCUGCUGCUGGUGCUGAUGAUGAAGAUGAGGAAGAGGUCAGGGUCAGAGGGCAUCUCCAUGGAAACACAGGAGAGUCUCGGAGCCAGCACUGAUGAGGGAUCGGAGCCAGGGGUGGAGGACCGGGACGUGACGGCUUCACCGAAGCAGAUUUCCUCCAAAUAAACCCUGUCCCCAGUACAGAAUUGUGACAUUAAUCUCAUAACGGAGACGCCAAAAAACGGAUAAUAUAGUGGUGGAAAAUUUAGCAUUCGCCACUUUAUUUAACCAAAGCUACUGUGAGGAGCAAAUGUAGCCUUGUACAGAGAACAGAGUCUGCAGACUGAUAAUUUGUCCCU